AUGCUGACGAAAAUAUCGAAGCGAACAAUCAGAAGACGUGUUCAGCGUGGUCUUCGCGCACGUUUUCAAGCAACUGCAGAGAAUAUGAGGAAAAGGUAUCCGUCCGACUCAGCGUCAUCCCCGUGGAAUAGUAUCUUAUCCUCCAAUUCCUACACCCACACGGAGACUUGUUCUUCUGACGAAGAAGCUUGUUUCCCUUAAACGGCUCCGUACACUAAGCUAGAUGAAUCUACACGAGAGACAGUGAGUUUUUACAUAGACUUGACUCUCCUAACCAUAUUGUCCUGCUGGGUUGCAGAUUGCUAUGUCCAGCAGCGAGGGAGAAAGUAGAAGGAAGCAGCCGAAACGAUCGGCCAAAAAUCCGUAUGAAAAGGAGGGGGUUUGGACCUUCCCCGUACUCUCCUCGUCUUCAGUAGGACUGUGACUUGAAUAACAUUUCCUCCAUUUCAGAAGUCGGAUACGAAUCACAGCGACUCCAGUGCGACCAUGAACUUAGACGGGUCUCCACACGCAGGUAUUUGUCAUCUCAACUGACCUGUUCGCCCUAGGCAUGAGAAGAAGGCAUCGAAAGCGUCGACGCGACACCUCGCCAUCAAGGCGCAGGAAGAAUACUUUGAAAGUCUGUCUGCGCUGGAUCAUGGAAAAUUUGGUCCAUACGGCAAAGACCGUAGAAGACAUGAAAAUUAAAUUAGAUAUCCUCUACGACAGCCGCCAGGGACAUGGAUGUUUUUGCGGGUCAACACCCACUCCAGCACGUCAUGGGCCCCUGUUCCAGCGGAUGGCUACCCUGGAGGAGCUGGAUGACUUUACAACCGCUAUAAUGUAUACGAAGUUCAGACAGCAAGCGGUAAAUAUACCCUGUAAUUCAACAUUUCUUACUAGAUUUCUUACCUCACGGAUAACGGAGGGGACACUAUUUCCGCCUUCGCGGAUAGAACGUUCAGUAUCCUGUUUGAUGACAGGAUAAUCCUACACUUAACUUUCUACGGCCGGCCCCAGGAGAAGAGGGUUUUCUAUGGAUUCAAACCGUACGGUUUGGUUGUCGGCACAUCAUCCAAUUUUGUUAUGUCAUGUAACAACAUAGAUGCUUUCACAGUGUGGGACGCUGCGCGCAAUUGCGACUAGCACCAACUAGAGAAGGCUUUCCGGACUGCCUUCAGGAAGGCUUACGACCGACUGCACGGGCGAGGUCAUAGACUAUCAUCCUCACAAUGCCCGGACGGUUAGUGAUGUCUUUAUAACGCCUUAUCCCUUAAUUCGUGUCUCUUUACCACAAUUCUGUUGGUGUUCAAUGUUUCACUUGACACUACAAUUAGUAUCCUCUUCUUUGAUUCCAGAGUACGAAAGAAACCAGUCAUCCCCUGGCCCGGCCGGUCCCUCAACACAGCCCUAA